CCGUCGGUGGCGCCUCGAUGGCCGGGCCGCGGCGGCGUUGAGCGACGGGGCCAUGGACGUGCGGCGGCUGCGGGUCAACGAGCUGAAGGAGGAGCUGGGCCGCCGCGGCCUGGACACCCGUGGCCUCAAGGCCGAGCUGGCCGAACGGUUGCAGGCGGCUCUGGAGGCGGAGGAUGCCCGGCGGGGGCCCGGUGCAGCCGGCGGGGACCCGGCCCCCGACGGACACUAUGGCAUCGACACCAACAGCCACACGAGCGAGCCCCAGGGCUACCAGCCAUACGAGCAUAGCGGCCUCAAGCCAGACGCAGAGCCCGGCUACGAGAGGAGAGCGUUGGACCAAGAACACCCCGUCCUGCACCAAGAGAUGAAGCUGCCGGAAACAAAGCCUGAAGAGCCCCCUGCUCCCGCCUACAACGUUCCCCCUCCCAACUACAGCACACCCGCUCCCCCCUACAACAUCCCCCCCACGGCCGGUUACGGCGUGCCGCCGACCGGCUACACCGCUCCUGCCUACAGCGCGCCGCCGGCCGGCUACAGCGCCCCGGCCCCAGGUUACAGGCCCCCCCCCGCCGCCUACAGCACCCCUGUCCCCCCCACCUACAACGCUCCCCCGGGUGGCUACAGCGCGCCGGACCCCUCGCAGCCCCGGCUGCCACCACCGCAGCCCCGCAAACGGCCGUACGAGGAGCAGCGGGGCCGGGGUUAUUACGAGCACCGCGAGGACAAGAGGGGCCGCUCACCGCAGCCGCCUGCCGAGGAUGAUGAGGAGGAUUUCGACGACACGCUGGUGGCCAUCGAUACUUACAACUGCGACCUGCACUUCAAAGUCGCCCGGGACCGGUACAGCGGCUACCCCCUCACCAUUGAGGGCUUCGCCUACCUCUGGUCGGGCGCCCGUGCCACCUACGGCGCGCGGCAGGGCCGCGUCUGCUAUGAGAUGAAGGUUAAUGAGGAGAUCUCCGUUAAGCACCUGCCUUCUACUGAGCCAGACCCCCAUGUGGUGCGGGUGGGCUGGUCACUGGAUUCCUGUAGCACCCAGCUGGGUGAGGAGCCUUUCUCCUACGGCUACGGUGGCACCGGCAAGAAGUCAACUAACUGCAAAUUCGAAAACUACGGGGAAACUUUCGCUGAAAAUGAUGUCAUCGCCUGCUUGGUGGACUUUGAGUGCGGGGAAGAGGUGGAGAUGUCCUUCAUGAAGAACGGCAAAUGGUUGGGGGUGGCUUAUCGGGUGCGGAAGGAGCUGCUGGGCGGCCGGGCCCUCUUCCCCCACGUCUUGGUGAAGAACUGCGCCAUUGAGUUCAACUUCGGGCAGAGAGAAGACACCUAUUUCUCCGUCCCACCCGGUUUCACCUUCAUCCAACACCUGCCUGUGGCCGAGCGCGUCCGCGGCACCCUUGGUCCCAAGAGCAAAGCCGAGUGCGAGAUCCUGAUGAUGGUGGGCUUGCCUGCCGCGGGGAAGACGACGUGGGCCGUCAAGCACGCGGCUGCCAACCCUUCCAAGAAGUACAACAUCCUGGGAACCAAUGCCAUCAUGGAUAAAAUGAGGGUGAUGGGUCUCCGGCGCCAGCGCAACUAUGCGGGACGCUGGGACGUCCUCAUCCAGCAAGCAACGCAGUGCCUCAACCGCCUCAUCCAGAUUGCCGCCCGCAAGAAACGCAAUUAUAUCCUCGAUCAGACCAACGUCUAUGGCUCGGCCCAGCGCCGAAAAAUGCGUCCCUUCGAGGGUUUCCAGCGUAAGGCCAUCGUCAUCUGUCCCACCGACCAGGACCUGAGGGACCGCACCGUCAAACGGACCGACGAGGAGGGGAAAGACGUGCCGGAUCACGCCGUGCUGGAGAUGAAAGCCAAUUUCACGCUGCCGGAGGCGGGCGAAUUCCUGGACGCAGUGCUAUACGUGGAGCUACAGCGGGAGGAGGCAGAGGCGUUGGUCCGGCAGUACAACGAGGAGGGCAGGAACGCCGGACCACCCCCCGAAAAACGUUUUGACGGAGGCAGCGGACGCCCCCCCGCUUUCCGCGGUCGUGGCGGCGGUUUCCAACGUUUUGACGGUCGCGGGGGGAACACCGCAACCACCACGCGGGGUGGUUUCCAGAGAUUCAACCGCAGCGGUUACACCUCCAACCGCUGGGGCAGCAACAACCGGGACUCCACCGCCAACAACCGAGGCGGUUACAACCGUAACGCCCAGCCUGCCGGCGGCUACAGCCCGGCUCGCGGCACAACCGGCUACAAGGCGAGCGGCAGUACCCCCCCGGCCGGCGCAGCCCCCCCCAGCUACAGCCAAGGGCAGCAGGGCGGCUACAGCCAGGGUGGCUACAAUCCCCCCAGUUAUGGCUACGGAAGCUACGGCGGCUACGGACAGAGCUACCCCCAGCCCCCCCCGCCCACCGGGCAGAGCUAUGGGCAGAGCUAUGGGCAGUACCAGCAGUAUGCCCAGCAGUGGAGCCAGUACUACCAGCACCAGGGUCCCUGGCCCCCCUACUAUGGCACCUACGACUACAGUGGCUACGGCAGCUCCCAGGGGGGGGCCAGCGCCCAGUGA